GGUCACAUGACCGGAAGUAAACCACGUGUUUCCUGCUGCAGCUUCACGUUGUUUCCUCAGCGUCAGAAAAUCUAACCGAGAAAAACACAAACCGAGAAAAACCGAGAAACUCACAAAGACGCAAAGAUGCCGAAAGCGAAGCAGGCGGGCAAGAGGAAGAAGUUCGACUACAACGCGAACCGGAAGAAGAUGAAGAAGAAGUUCCUCAAGAAAUGCAACCCGACCAUAGACGAUCGACAGAUUCGAAACGCGUGGGACGAUAAGAAGUCCGUGGUCAGGAACCUGCAGGACAUGGGUCUGGCCUUCGAUCCCAACCGAACGCUGCCCAUUCAGAAGCCGAGCCUCCUCGGUCGAGACAGAGAGACGAAAGCUCCCGUCAACAUCGUCACCAAACCCUACGUCCUCAACCAACUGGAGGAGCAGGCGAAUCGUCCAGAGAAAAGUGUGAAGACGUUAUCGUCCGACCUGAUCGAGUACGUUCAGUACAUGGUCCGAGAACACAAGGACGACUUCAAGGCGAUGGCCAGAGACGAGAAGAACUACUACCAGGACACGCCCAAACAGAUCAAGAGGAAGAUCAACGAGUACAAGCGCUGCCACUCGCAGCACUACGACGCCUUCGUCCACUCGUUGGCGGCGCCACAGCCGAUGGCCCAGUAGGGGGCGUGUCCACCCUGUUCUGGACUUGAAAUCUUUCUCUGCAUCAGGACGAGACGGAAAUCAAACCGUGUCCGAGUGCGGACGGAACAUUCGGACUGAGGCGGAAUUCACAGAUGCGGACAGUGGGGGGGAAAAAAGACGUUUCUCUCUGGAUCUGUUCCUUCCUGUGUUUUCAGUUUUUCUUCCUCUUUACAGGAACAUUCUCUCAACUCUGUUCUGAAUCUAUUUUAAUGUAUCGUCAGCUGAUUCCUUCUCCUUUUUAUCAAACCGUUACAGGACCGGUUUCAGAUGUUCAGGGCGAAUCAGAGUUUGUACAGCAGCAGUGAAUAUUUGUGUUGAAAACUUCUCCAGAUAAAAAACAGUUAAACCAGGUUUGUGUGAAUGAGUUCUGAACAUCCCUGAAUAACAUAAUGUGCUUUAGGGAAUAAGAAAACUUAUUCCACCCAAAUAUUAAACAUCAUUUUUACUAAAUGAAAA